AUGAAUAGCUUGACGCGAUCACAACUCGCACCCCUCGACUCACCCGAUUCACACCGAUUUUUCACCACCACCACCACCAUCAAAAAAUUCUCUCUCCGCCACCACCAAACCACUCUCAAUUUCAUUCACUCCAUCUACCCACCCCCGAAAUUCCCCAAAACUAUAGCCUUAGCCAUCAUAACAACCAACCCGAUAAUCCCCGACCCAAACCCGAAUACAAUGGAUCCAAACCCUUCUAGUGAGGAUUUUGUUCAUAUCGAAAACCCUAGCAAUAAUGACCAUCCUUUAAGCGAAAGCAUAGUUGAUGUUGCUAAUGAACUUAGCGAAGAUGAUAACAAAAACGACGCCGUGGUGGAGAGGAAGGAGCUACCCGAGGAACUUUCUAGAAGCGUAAUGGUUCUCACGUGCGAGUCAAAAGCUGAUGGUGGAACUUGUGUUGUGUAUUUAGUUGGCACUGCUCAUGUUUCUCAGGAAUCAUGCAGGCAAGUACAAGCUGUAAUCAGUUACUUGAAACCACAGGUUGUAUUUCUGGAAUUGUGUGCGAGUAGAGUGGCUGUGCUUACCCCUCAGAAUUUAAAGGUGCCGACGAUGGGGGAAAUGAUAGAGAUGUGGAAGAAAAAUCAUAACACAUUUGGAAUUAUUUAUGGCUGGUUUCUUGCCAAGGUUGCUGAUAAGCUUGAAGUCUUUCCUGGUUCUGAGUUCCGGAUAGCAUUUGAAGAAGCGAGAAAGUAUGAGGGUAAGGUAGUUCUUGGUGAUCGUCCUGUACAGCUAAAAGAAAUGGAUGAUGUGGACAGGCUGACUCUAGUCAUUCAAGAAAUGAGCAAGCAGUUCCCCACUCUAAUGGACACCCUUGUGCACGAGCGAGAUCAGUACAUGUCGUCCACCCUGCUAAGAAUUGCUAAAGAACACACUUCAGUUGUUGCAGUCGUUGGAAAGGGGCAUUUGCAAGGGAUUAAGAAGCAUUGGGAGCAACCUAUUGAGUUGAAGGAUCUCAUGGAACUUCCUUCACAGAAACCAGCUGUUUCAGCUCGAAAGGCUCUUGUAUCUCUAGGUGCUGCAGUUGCUUUUGUGACUAUUGUUUCUGGCUUUUAUCUUUCACGCAAGAAAUAG